GCAGAGCAAAAGAUAAAAUCGCUAAGAAGUACUUUAAUCGUAAAACAUAGAUUCAAAAUGGAUUCAGCAGAGAAAGAUACUAGAAAUACAAAGAAUUUUCUACAAAGCCUGAAUGAAACAUUGCAAGAAAAAGAAAAGUUAAUAAAUAUCUUGUCAUCAACAAAAAAUGAGAGUAGUUUAUUAAAAAGUAGAAUUGAAUCAGCCGUUGAAGAAUUGAGAAAAAUUAAUGAAGAAAUUCAAGAUAUACAAAUUAAGAAAAAAACAAUAAUAAGAAAACAAGAUAUUAGACGGCAAAAAGAACAAAAAGCACAAAACGAUGUUUUUUCAUUAUGUGCAGAAAGACGGAAGAUUAAAGAUUUGAUAAAAGUUGAACAAGAAAAUUCUUUGGAUGAAAGAAUUCGUCAACUAGAAGAAUGUAUUAAAUAUUCAGAAAACCAUUGGAUUUUCCAAUAUUUUAACAAUGGAAACCAUGAAGUCGAAGCGCCACAAGAAAUGAUUGAAGAAAACAAUUCUCCACAUCAUAUUGAAGAUGAAAUCAUUUUAACUGAAAAUGAACAAAUUUAA